AUGGCAGAUCUGAUGCAAUGGCAGGGUGCACCUGGCACCAAUGCUGGUGAUGGACAUACAAUCAAUCCCAAGACCAGCAGCAGCAGGAAGAAGAAGAAGAUAGCAAUAGUGAUGGUGAUGGCGAUGGUGAAGAUGACAAUGGUAAUGAAUAACAAAAUAAUAAUGAUGAUGAUGAUGACAAUGAUGACAACAACAACAACGAUGGUGCAAGAGCAGGAAGAGGGCACAGUGGUGGGGCUGCAGCUACAACAUCCACUGUUGUACAAGGUGCAAGAGGCAGGAGAGGUGCAAGAGGUGCAAGAGGCGGGAGAGAUGCAAGAGGCAGGAGAGGUGCAAGAGGUGGGAGAGGUGGGAGAGAUGUUGAUGAUGCAAUGGAUGUUGACAGCAAUGUUAUUGUACCUCCUGGAGAUCUACAUGUUGUUUGUGGUCAAAGCCAGGUCAUUGAAACCAGAGUACUUGGUGGUUGCAGAAGGCGCCUACCUUACUGGCCAAAAUUUUGCCUGCCACCCACUGGCAUUUCACACCAUUGCCUUAAAACAUGAUGCAUACACUGAAUGCUUGUUGCAAACUCAGUUGGAGGAAGAAUUUGUGCCUUGGAAAAACAUGUUGUGUUGCACCAGCAUUGAACUGCUCACUGGAGCUGCUUGCCUGCGCAAUGUCCGCGCAUGUGUCCACAAUGCACUGGCCUUUGUGAAGGCCAAACCAAAAGCUGAUUUUCUGGUCCUGAUGGACACGCACAGUGAUUAUGAUAAUGGCAAGCUGGUUCACAGUGUUGACAAACAUGGAAAUGCCUGGACUCAGGAUGCCUCAGAGGUGUUACAUCAUCACUUGGGCCCAGAAUUGUGGAAGCAGUCCCUGGACAUGGCGGGUACCAAAGGGCUGAUUCUGCUGGCUUGUGGUCCAAUGUUCAUGAAGCCUUUGCAUUUUGAAAAAAUCAAGUCACUGGUCUCCAGCAAGUGCCUGCAGUUCAUCAUUGGAUUCACUGCUCAUUUGGUUCAACCUUCCAUGGUCAUGCCCUUCAUGCUAUGGGUGAUCAUACAGGUCUACAUUCACCAUUUGCCUGUUGAGCAGGAGAUCGCUCACUGGAGUCUGCUGUCCCAUACCCCCAUGGUGUUGAUUUGUUGGAAUCAAGACAAGCAUCUGAUUAGCCAGAAAUAUAUAGUUUCCACUCUCUCUGGCAAUGUGUGGGGCCUUCCCCCCUGA